GCAGGAGCGAUGGGCCGGCGGCGCAGUGGCGGGCGGCGCCGCGGUGGCCUCCCGCAGAGCGAUGGGCCGCGCGGCGCGCUGCGGCUAUGGCUCGGCGCCGUGUGGGCUGGCGCCAGUGGCGCAGAGGGGAUGGCGCUGACGAAUCUUGACCUGAAGAGCCAGCGCUUGAUCUUCCCUCUGCAGCAGAACAUGGAGCUCGCCCCGGGGGCCCUUGUCACGGUGAACGUUUCGAAUGCCUCCCCGGCGAAGGGCGCGACGCUUGUGGUCGUGAACAGUCAGCAGAUGCUUGCGAUCGUGGACAGCUGGACGCUGGCGCAGAAAGAAGGCAGGGCCCUGAGCCCCUACGUGUUCAGCUACUGGCGCUGCCCGUUUCGAGACACGCACCGGUGCGACGCGCGUCUCCGCAUACACGCGCCAGGCCCUGACCGGUACAGCGUCGUGGUCCUCAAUGCACACGGGGAGACGCUCGAGAUCGAGGGCUCGGUGGCGUACGUGAACCCCGGCGGUCAACAUCUGCCCCUGCAGUACGCCCACGUCGACAGGACGAUGUGGGGCACUCACUGCGCCUUCCUGGCUCUCUUCGCCGUGGUCGCGGCCCAUUUUCUCAUGGAUGUGCUGUGGUGCGGGAUACUUGGCACGCGCUACUCGGCUACUCGGCUGUUGGCCCCGCACGCGCUAUUCGCG